ACAGGACCUGCCCACCCUCCACCCCUGACACCAUGACCCACUCGUGCUGCUCCUCUUGCUGCCAGCCUACGUGCUGCCGGACCACCUGCUGCCGGACCACCUGCUGCCAGCCCAGCUGCUGUGGGUCCAGCGGCUGUGGGUCCAGCUGCUGCCAGCCUUGCUGCCGCCCAAUUUGCUGUCAAACCACCUGCUGCCGGACCACCUGCUGCCAGCCCAGCUGUUGUGGGUCCAGCGGCUGUGGGUCCAGCGGCUGUGGACAAAACUGCUGUGGGUCCCACUGCUGCCAGCCAGUUUGCUGUACCCCCGUGUACUGCACGAGAACCUGCUACCACCCCACCUGCUGCUGCCUGCCUGGGUGCCUACCCACGUGCUGGGGGUCCAGCUGCUGCCAGCCUUGCUGCCGCCCAACUUGCUGUCAGACCACUUGCCAUAGGACCACCUGUUGGCGUCCUUGUUGUGUGUCUAACUGCUGCCAGCCUUCCUGCCACUGA